AUGGCGUUGCGUUCACGAUCUAAUGGAGACAAAAAGGACCCAAUUCCCUUGCUUGCAAUGACUGAAAUUGGAAUUGGUCAAAUGCUGGGGCAAGGUGGAUUCUCGCUAGUGUCCCCUGUGGAACAGAUUCAGCUGAACGAAGUUUACGAUACCAGUGACGAACAAGCCACCGCCCGAGCCAAGUUUGCCUCCCACUUUUCCAAUCACCAAGAGGCUAGUAGUAGUACCGGUACCAUUCCAAACUUUGUCCUCAAAACAUUGCGGAAAGACUUGCCAGAAGAAGAGUACAUCAAGGGAAUUAUCGAUUUGGCCAUUGAAUCCGAAUUCCUGUCCGAAUUGCGGCACCCCAACAUCAUUUGUAUGACCGCCAUGGCCAAUUCGGAUCCACACGAGUCGGGAUUCUUUUUCAUUUUAGAACGUCUGGAAAUAACCUUGGACCAGAAAUUUGAUCAUUGGCGCAAAAUUGUCGGUGACAAUAUGGGGUAUUGGAUGGGGCCGUUUGGUUAUUGUUGUGCCAAGGAAAAGUAUCUCUAUCAGACUUGGAUGGAACGUAUAUCGAUUGCCAGGGACAUUGGGAAUGCAAUCUACUAUUUACAUUCGAAUCGAAUCAUUUAUCGGGAUUUGAAGCCAGACAAUGUGGGUUUGGAUGGCAAUAGACAAUUAAAACUAUUCGACUUUGGUCUGGCCAAGAAAAUUACACCCUCGGACCAUAGGGAUGGCGACGAUUUGUAUCUACUGACUGGGAAUACGGGAAGUUUACGAUACAUGGCCCCCGAAGUGGCCAAGGGUGAAUCCUACAAUCAAAAGGUGGACACUUAUUCCUUUGGCAUUGUGUUUUGGCAAAUUUGUUCUUUGCAAACACCCUAUGCCAACUUGACGACCAAGACGCAUUCACUAAAGGUAAUUCUGGGUGGCCAACGGCCAAAGCCGGAUCGAUCAUGGCCGAAUGGAUGGAAGGAUUUGAUGACUCGAUGUUGGGAUGCCAACAUUGUCGCACGACCCGAAUUUGACGAGAUUGCUUCCUACUUUGACGAACAAGUAGAAGACUUGCAGCACCAAGAAGGAGAAGUUCCAAGUCGGGCAACUGAAAUCAAGGCCAAGAAACGACGCAAGAAGGCUACACCAGCGAAUGCCCAAUUGGAUGGCGGAGACACAACGAUACAGAACGGUGGCAAGCCAGGUGCUGUCGAAUUGGUGUGA